AAAAUAAUUGAACUCAAUCUGUCGAAUUUUAUUUACUAAAACAAAAAAUUUUCAAGUAUUUACAUCAUAAUAAAUUUAAAAAUCAUUCUAUUAAACAAGGACUAUUGACAUUAUUAAUAAUAAACGACUUUAUUUACAUAUAAGAAAGAGCGUCUGUGCAGGAAUAUUUCGGACUUCGAAGCAGUGCUUAAUAAAAACAACAAAACACAAUAUUUAACCAAAGCUGGCUACUUAAAUAACUAUUAACUAAACAUUUGUAUUAUUAAAACUGCAAUAAAGUAUUAUAGAUCGGCUUUAAAUUUGUGAACACAGUUCAGCGAUACGAAAGCCGAAGAACGAUUUAAAGCAUACACGCUACGAUGACGAAACCCUUUUAUAAUCAUAUCUCCUUUUUGAUUCUGUGCGCAACAUUCACAAUAAGUCUUUGCGCUUCAAACGACCCCUAUGCUAUUUUAGGACUAAAUAAGAUUGCUAAUGCACAAGAAAUUAGAAAAGCAUACAAACAGUUGGCAAAAGAAUGGCAUCCAGAUAAAAUACAACGGGAUGGCGAUUCCGAAAAGUUUGUUCAAAUAAAAUUAGCCUAUGAACUCUUAAGUGACACUGAUCGACGACGAGUUUUUGACCAGCAUGGAGUAACCGAUGAAGAUUCUCAUUAUCUAGAAAAAAAAUAUGAUUACACUGGAUAUAAUCGUUUUUCAUUAGAUCAAAAUGAUGAUCCUUUUGGCAACAGAUUUAUUAUUGAUCGGAACAUUGUACUUUACCAUAAACUAUCUGUAACGUCCAAUUAUUUUGAGAAGACAAUAUUACCAAACAGUGAAAAAAAAGCGCAAGUUGUAAUGUUUUACAGUGAUUGGUGCUUUAAAUGCUCUCGACUAGUUGGAGCCUUCGAAAAGAUAAGAGAUUUACUAGAACCUUUAGGUAUAUCCUUUGCAACAGUCAAUGCUGCACAUGAAAAGUCAACAUUUCGUAAAACUGGCGCAAGUGAGGUUCCUCAACUAGUUCUCAUUUUGGAUAACCAGUUCUUCCUUUAUCGGGAUCACACACUUACACCGCAAAAAUUUGUUGAAUUUAUACGUAAAAAGUUACCAUUUAAAAUUAUCCACCGUGUCGCUAAUGACAAUAUAAAUGAUUUUCUUGGCGGAUGGAUGGACAACAGAGUAAGAGCUCUAAUUUUUGAACCACGCAGUUUGAUUAGGCUCCGAUAUCUACUAACCGCCUUUGAAUUCUACGACCGCGUCGCUUUUGGAUUUGUUAAUAUGAAUAGUACGCGAGUAAGUAACAUAAUUGCUCGCUUGAAAGUGAACACGAGCUUGGACACUAUUCUUUUAUUUAAUGAAGACUCAAGAAGCUACACAGCAAGUAUUUGUAUGCCGGACAUCCCUAUUCGCACACUAAUAGAUGUGGUUUCUACCAAUCAAUUCUUGGUUUUACCUAGACUAUCAUCACAGGCCAUGUUAGAAAGUGUUUGCCCAACUGAAUGGAACCGUCCAAGGAAACGAUUGUGUGUGAUUCUUAUAACUGAUAAGAAUAAAAAAAACGAUUUUGCUAGAGUCGCCUUUAGAGAUAUUGCUUUGAAUAGUCGAUAUAGUACAACAAGAGUUCGUUUUGCUUAUAUGUUUAAGGAAAGCCAAACAGAGUUUGUUCAAGCAAUUUCCAAAGGAUCCAUGGAAGGUCUUCUAAAAAUUGUCAUUAUUUGGCGACGAGAUGCUAAUCUUAUAAAAUACGAAUGGGUCUGUGGAGCAUAUCAGAAUACGAAUAUUGUACCUGAAAGUCUUAUCAAUUCGACUAAAAUCGAAAUUUUCGACACCGUGAAACGGCUUUUAAAAUCUUCAGAAGCCUUAAAUUAUGAAGCCUUUGUGCAGAAAUUAAUUAAUGAGCACUCUCAAGGAACUUUAACAAAAUGGAUUUCCCGAUUCUUAUAUUUAGUGGAUUACCUAUUUGACAAUAUCGAAGAAGAGACUCUUCUUGCAGCAUUUUCGCUUUUGGGUACAAUCGGACUUAUGUUUGCCAUUGGAUAUACAUUAAUCUACUUUGUAAGGGCUGAAGAGGAAAAUCUUAAGGCACAAGGUCAUAUUACUGAAAGUCGAGACCAUCACAAUAAUAAUCUCAUCCCGGAACUAAAGCUAUACGAACUAAGAGCUGAAAAAUAUAACGGAAUGGUGCGCCUAUUAAAACCAGGAUGUAGAACAUUACUGCUCAUUACCGAUUUUCAAAGUAGGACUAAACUUAUUCCAUAUUUUCACAAGGCUGUUUGGCCAUACAGAAAAUCCAAGACACUGCUGUUUGGCCACAUGGCAAUUGAAAAAGGAUUGCCGUGGUUUGCCGAAAUCAUUCGUUUAUCUUUGUGUACAAAUCGAAAUCUGCAAGUCAAUCCAAGAAACUGUGUUGGUACUGUGCUGGCAUUAAAUGGUCAUCGAAAAUACUUUUGCAUGUACCAUGCAAAGCAUCCAGAGUCGGUUCGUGGAGCUAAGAGAAUCUUAAAAAUAACAAAUGUUCUUUUGGACACAAUGGAGGAUCCUGAGGUUGGAACUUUUCUUGAAAAAUAUAACUCUGAAGAGUCUGAGGCAGAAGCAAAUAUUCUUUUGGAAGAUAAUUUACUUAAUAGCCUGGAUGAUUGGCUUGUUAGAUUGUUUGAUGGGAGAACACAAAAAUACUAUAUAAACUAUUGGCCGGACUUUUCUACAAAGUGAUAACUAAAAAGUGCUAAUGUAAAAUUAAAAAAUCAAAUUCAAGCAAAUGUAAACCCUUAUAAAUAAUAUGCCCUGUCUAACGUUUGAAUUCUGUUACCUAAUAUUACUGCAAAAUAAAUAAAACUUAAAACA